AGUCUGGAAUUAACAUCUUCAGUCUCCACACUCCGUACUUCCCAAAGUCAGCUUUUCUGGGAGGGCUGGGGCAGCUGCCUCUCUGGGGAGAUGCUGGAGGUCUCAGAAUCACCUCGUGCAGCCUCAGGACCUGGUUGGAGCCACCCCAAGUGACACCAGCAGUCAGAUGCCCAGAGAGCCUGAGCCUCCAGCCCGAGUCUGCGAAGCCAGCGGCUGCUGACAUGCUCCCAGCUGCCCAGCUGGAGAAGCCACUGUGGGCACCACUGUGGGGGAAGCAAGCCUGCCACCUGGGCCCCUUUGCUCUGGGCCAGUCCCUGUGAAGUGGGCCCCUCUCCUGGGCCCCUUGAUCAGGUUCUAUGGCAUUUUCUGAACUCCUGGACCUCGUGGGUGGCCUGGGCAGGUUCCAGGUUCUCCAGACAGUGGCUCUGAUGGUCUCCAUCAUGUGGCUGUCCACCCAGAACAUGCUGGAGAACUUCUCGGCCGCUGUGCCCAGCCACCGCUGCUGGGCACCCCUCCUGGACAACAGCACAGCCCAGGCUGGCAUCCCAGGGGAGCUAAGUCCCGAGGCGCUCUUGGCUGUCUCAAUCCCGCCGGGCCCCAACCAGAGGCCCCACCAGUGCCGCCGCUUCCGCCAGCCACAGUGGCAGCUCUUGGACCCCAACGCCACGGCCUCCAGCUGGAGCGAGGCCGACACAGAGCCGUGUGUGGACGGCUGGGUCUAUGACCGCAGCACCUUCACGUCCACCAUCGUGAUGAAGUGGGACCUGGUGUGUGACUCUCAUGCCCUGAAGCCCAUGGCCCAGUCCAUCUACCUGGCUGGGAUUCUGGUGGGAGCUGCUGCGUGCGGCCCUGCCUCAGACAGGCUCGGGCGCAGGCUGGUGCUGACCUGGAGCUACCUUCAGAUGGCCGUGACGGGCACGGCAGCUGCCUUCGCCCCCACCUUCCCUGUGUACUGCCUGCUCCGCUUCCUGUUGGCCUUUGCCAUGGCAGGCAUCAUGAUGAGCACAGGCAGUCUCCUGAUAGAGUGGACAGCGGCGCGGGCCCGAACCUUGGUGAUGACCUUGAACUCUCUGGGCUUCAGCUUCGGCCAUUUCCUAAUGGCCGCGGUGGCCUACGGAGUGCGGGACUGGACGCUGCUGCAGCUGGCUCUCUCGGUCCCCUUCUUCCUCUUCUUUUUGUGCUCAUGGUGGCUGGCAGAGUCCGCACGAUGGCUCCUCACCACAGGCAGGCUGGACCAGGGCCUGCAGGAACUGCGGAGAGUGGCUGCCAUCAACAGGAAGCGGGCAGUGUGGGACUCGCUGACCCCUGAGGUCUUGUUUUCAGCCAUGCGGGAGGAGCUGAGAGUGGGCCAGGCUCCUGCCAGCCUGGGCACCCUGCUCCGCAUCCCCAGCCUGCGCCUCCGGACCUGUAUCUCCACGUUGUGCUGGUUCACCUUUGGCUUCACCUUCUUCGGCCUGGCCCUGGACCUGCAGGCCCUGGGCAGCAACAUCUUCCUGCUCCAGACACUCAUUGGUGUUGUGGACAUCCCGGCCAAGACAGGCACCUUUCUGCUGCUGACCCACCUGGGCCGCCGCCCCACGCAGGCCACAUCCAUGUUGCUGGCAGGGCUCUGCAUUCUGGCCAACACACUGGUGCCCCAGGAAAUGGGGGCUCUGCGCUCAGCCCUAGCCGUGCUGGGGCUGGGCGGGGUGGGGGCCGCCUUCACCUGCAUGACCAUCUACAGCAGCGAGCUCUUCCCCACCGUGCUCAGGAUGACCGCAGUGGGCUUGGGCCAGAUGGCAGCCCGUGGAGGAGCCAUCCUGGGACCUCUGGUCCGGCUUCUGGAUGUCCACGGCACUUGGCUGCCCUUGCUGGUGUACGGGAUGGUGCCAGUGCUGAGUGGUCUGGCCACACUGCUUCUGCCUGAGACCCAGAACCUGCCGCUGCCCGACACCAUCCAAGAUGUGCAGAACCAGGCAGUAAAGGCGGCAACACAUGGCACGCUGGAGAACUCUAUCCUGAAAUCCACACGUUUUUAGUGUCCUGGGGAGCCUGCAAUGGGAUGAUCGGAGGAAGAGUCUUCUUCUGUCAUCUGGAGAAAGCAGGAGGAGAGCAAAGGCCUCCACUUCCACAGGACCCAGAAGCUGCCCUCUUAGGUUCCCACUCUCCCAAGGGGUGCCCCUCCAUCUGAGCUCUGCCCCUCUCACAACAAAGGGGCCCCCUUCAAUACUGAAGGGGCAAAGGACGGUUUGAUUGGCAGGAGGUGGCCCAGGGCAUCAUCACCCUGCUCUGCCCUUGUGGCUUUGGAGAGCAGAGGAGCCAGGCCCAGGGGAACCAGCUGGCCUUGCCAACUCUCUGCUUGCCCCCUCACUGCCACUUGUCCCCCCACUGCUGUUCACCUGCCCAGAGCUCAGAGCUAACCACCAUCCAUGGUCAAGACCUCUCCUGGCUCCACACAAGCAGUAGAGUCUCAGCUCUGCAGCUUUACCCAGAAGCCCUUGUGAGCCUGGCCCCCGGACCCUCCCCAUGUCCCUCCAGACCUCAAUCACCUGCGCGCCACAUCCUCUACCUGCAGUCCUCUUCCCACCCUCAUCCCUGACAGACCCUACUUAACCCCUAAACCCAGGCCAGUGGCCCUCCUUCCAGGGGUCCAGGGCCAGCCAGAAGUGCCCGUGAAACUCCUACCCACAGUUAUAGCCACAAGCCUGCCUCCUCCCACCCUGCCAGCCUAUGAGUUCCCAGAGGGUUGGGACAGUCCCAUGUCCCCAUGUCCCAGCUCCCCACACGGUGCUGGGCCAGAGGGGCAUUGGUGUGAGGGAUUGAAUAAAGGAACAAAUGAA